UAGGUUAGGUUAGGUUCCUUUUUUGUAAUUAUGACGUCACUUUCAUCACACCAUUCGUAUCGUUUUCUUUUUCCCCACCCAAAACCCCUGUUCCUAAAAUUUCCCCUGAAAUGGCAGCAAUCCACAUAUGGCAGCGCUACAACGCCCACGUUUUUCAUUUGUCGCGUGUUAAUGCCGCCGGGUGGUAUUGUAGUGAAAUGGGUUGGUGAUUUGGUGUUUUUUUCCACGUUUCCAGUACAUAUAUCGAUAUUUAGGGAAAUGAAACAACUCAGAAUGGCACCAAAUUACAAGAGGAAAUCAGAGGAAGGAGGGUCAGGGGAACGCCAGUCAAAGAAGGCCGCGACUGAGUCGGCGAAGGAGGCGUUUGUGAGUGACGCAAAGGACUCUACGGGAACCGCUUGGAAUUUUAAAAUAGCGUCUUGGAAUGUGGCUGGCUUGCGAGCCUGCGCGAAGAAAGAUGGGUUCAAAUAUAUCGUCAAGGAGGAUCCCGACAUUAUGUGCCUCCAAGAAACUAAAUGUACUAAAGCCAAGCUACCCAUCGAAGCAGAGCUCAAGGACUAUCACCCUUACUGGCUAUCAGGAAAAGACGAAGGAUACUGCGGUGUGGGUCUGUAUAGCAAGAAGAAGCCGCUCAAUGUCACAUACGGAAUCGGAGACAAAACACAGGACGAGGAAGCCAGACUGAUCACCGCGGAAUAUGACAACUUCUAUCUCGUAACAUCAUACGUUCCAAACUCCGGGAGAAAACUGGUGACCCUCCCCAAACGGAUGGCAUGGGACAAGCUUCUAAAAGAGCAUCUCCAGAAGCUGGAUGAAAAGAAGCCUGUUAUCUACUGCGGGGAUCUCAACGUCUCCCACAAAGAAAUCGACUUGAAGAACCCAGCGACCAACAAGAAGAACGCUGGUUUUACGCAGGAGGAGCGCGACGGCUUCACGGACCUUCUUACUGCUGGCCAGGAUGGUCUGGUCGACACAUUCCGACACUUCUACCCGGACAAAAAGGAUGCAUACACCUUCUGGACAUUCAUGGGAAACGCUAGGGCGAAAGACGUUGGAUGGCGUCUGGACUACUUUGUCGUCUCGAAGCGCCUGAUGCCUCGAGUGUGCGACUCUCUGAUACGGAAGGAGGUGAUGGGCAGUGACCACUGCCCGAUCGUGCUGCUCAUGAACACUGAGGGCAUGUGAACCGACCGGGGCCGACAGGCCUGGCGUCUGGCAAAUGUGCAUCAGCUGCCGGCACGCACAGCUUGCGGAGGUUGGCUGAUGCGCGAGCUGAACAGCGAAUUUCGCUACGUCUGUCACGCCGCCAUCAUUGAUGGCUCCAUUCCGACUUCAGUUAAUUAAGCGAAAGUGAUACUCCUCUGUUGUGCUUUGAAAUCGUAGUGAUAUUUUGCGAAGCCUUGUGUCAUGCAAAGUGUUAGCUGUGAGGUGCGGAGUGCGGGCGUAACGUUGGUACCUGGUUUUGAAUAUGCUGUUUUUUUAUUGCCAGUGUGAGUUUCAUGUCAAGUGUAGUGGUCGCUUGUGCCAUAGAACGGAAAGCUGGCUAGAUGCAAGGUAGCAUAGGGACGUCUCUCUAAGCGCUGCCGGCUGCCGCCACGACACACUUUGUGCUGUUUUACUACCUACAAUACCCAAUAGAUCUUACUCUCCUCGUACAGGUAGACAAAACAUUCAGCAGUUACGUUUGGCCAACUCUUUACAGACUCCGCCUGCGGGCAUCCGGAUGAGCUCCUGGAUAAGUGGCAGAAACUGGUUCCGGUAAGCAAAUGCCGCAAAUAUCUUACGAGAUGAUGGUACGUAGACGAACACGAACGAGACGAAUAGUUGCUACGCGUGUUCAUAAGACAAUUAAUCACUGCAUGUCAAGCAAGGAAGAGGGACACCGGGCGCAUCAGGGGCAUCAUAGCUGGCGUGCAGUAAGUCACAUUCAACGAACAGCGCAAAUGGUUAUUGCAGCUCUGUGUAGCUUAGCCACAGCAUCGCUGAGGUCUGCGUGACGCUGCCAUUUGGUCCAGUUCGUGAUUGCAACGGUCGCCAAGUUAUUCGGAUACUGGGACUGGAUGGAGGCGGUUCACAGCUCUAUCGUCUCUCCUACCGACCCCAUCAGCUCCACGCACUCCCCAGGGUGACGUCCCCAUCGUCUCGUCGUCUUGCUUCAAUCAUCGGAGUCAGUUAUGCAAGACGCCGUGCCAUUACGAGACAUGAUUUGGAGGUGAGUGACGGCGAAAAGUAAGAUGUUAUGCGAUGCUUCUUUUAUGUUUUGGCUAAUUCUAGUAUCAAUGACGCUUUGCACACUCACUGUUUUUACUCGUCUGCAUUGUUAGCGCGUUCUGAUCUCUCACCGUGCCUCUGCACGUCACAGGUCGUGUGUUGGACAGUUUACCUGCGUUUGCGUGUGGUCGGUUGCUCGGUGGUGGUGCGCCGCCCGCCCCGGGGACCGGGUGCGCCCGCCCGGGGGCCGUCAGACAGGGACCGACUGUCGGCCCGAGCGGCGCGCCCCACACCGGCCGACGGACGGAGAGAGAUGCAGGGGGCGCCGGGGCCGCUGCUGCUGCCGCUGCUCGUCCUGCUGCUCGCGCUGCUGGUGGCAGGUGUGCGCGGUAAGAAGUGCGGCACCACCGACCUGCGCUGCAGCCAGAUCUGUUCGGGCACCGGCAACGCGGCCACCUGCUCCUGCCUGCCCGGCUGGCGGCUCGAGGACGACAAACAAAAGUGCACCGUCGCGACCACUGCGCUCUGCUAUGAAGUGCGCUCCGACUUUUUCGUCCAGCACCCGGCCGAGGCAAGUCGCAACCAGUCCGAGCUCUCCUGUCAGGAGUUCUGCAGCAAGAGGAAGGCACACUACAGCGCCCUUGGACGGAUGGGCUGUCGUUGCCUUGAGUUUUUCGAGGUGGUCGGCUCGCUGGGCGCGCUGACCUAUCAGCCGGCUAUGUGCGACGGCACCCACCCGAUCGCCUGGUCCGUCAAAUACCUGGCCGACCCGGCGGUGGCCGAGCACUUCAACAGUCCCGACCGCCGCCUGCCGGCCGACCUCUACAGCAUCACGCACGAUCUGGACAGCCUGCGCGGCGACUCGACCAUGGGCCGCCGGCGCGAGAUGAUGCAGCACGGCCUGAGCCACCACCACGGUCACACGGGCGCCGGCGGCCGCACCGCCGGCCGGCCGCCGGUCGCCGCCCUCCUGGCCGCCACGCUGGGCACCCUGGCACUGACCGCCGUCCGGCUUUGAGACGCCCGACCGCGCAGCAGGGUUCUGACGGGAUCCCGGCAACCCACCACCCGGGCAGAGUACGGGCGGGUCCAGCCUCCCGCCGGCCGCUGGCUGCUGACUGGGUCUGAUAGGAUUGGCCAGUUUGUGUGGCCGGGGAUCUCCCCCAGUCGCUGUCCUCUUUUCCCCACUUCCGAUGCUGUCGCCGCCGGCGCUGGAUGGUGAACACGAGCUGGUGGCUUCUUUCUGUCCACCGGUGUGCGGAGCUUACUAUCGAUGUCGCUAAAAAUGUCGAAAACAGUUGCUAUUACGGUGUUGCGGGGAUUGUGCAAGUGUUUUCACUUUUCUCCUUCCUUUCAACAUCGUUGCUUUGUAUUACAACAAGCUCAAUGACGGCUUAUGGGACCAUUUUACUCGCUUCGCAUAAUUCUGUCCACUACUCCCCAAAUUGCUGUGUUUCAAAGACAUUGAUGUUCCCCAAGAUGCACCUUGAUGUUAUAUUGAUCGCAUACGGCAUAUCCAGUCCUUACAACAUCGGUCUUUAAUAGUGUAUUAUUUGAAACGAACCCUUGCUCCUAUACAAGUUUGUUUGAGCUCCCUUCCCCAGUUCCCCUUACCCGCCGCUCUUCCAAUUUUUACCGCUCUCCCGGCCGAAUCAGCCCAAUGUUGUGUUGUUUUGACCGUGUGACUUUCAGAGAAGAAGCUACUCGUACAUACCGAUAUAUGUAGGUAUAGGCUUUAGGGUAGCACUAGCAGUUGGAGCCUGGAGGCGAGUCAGUCUUGCGAACACACAGCCAGACUGCAUCUAUUUUAUGUCUUCUAGCUGCCAUAGAUUACUGUAUGUACCGUUUAUUUAUCAUAUAUACAUCCGCAUAAUUGUCGUAGUACCUAUUUCAGCAAUUGUAUGCAGCUAAUAAAAAGGAUAUACGGUCGAUACGGUCAUUGUUACUCGUGCCCGCUGAAGAAUAUUUAUGGUGAAAUCGAAUAGGUAUAUUUGAAUGGUCGAUGUAAUAAGCGUUUCAAUGUAACGUGAUAAAUGUUGAUACACGUACGCAUUGUCAUUCAUUAAUUUUCUAAAAGUUUUGUGUUUGGCACCAUUGCAGAGAAUUUGAUGUGCUCAACCGAAUUCUGUUAUUUUUAUUUGUCCUAUCAUUGGAGCUUAUAAAUACAGUCGAUGUCCUA